CGCCCUCCGACAACAUUUCUCAAUAAACUUUUUUGUUUCACUUUUAAAGUUGUUUGUAUCUAAACGACAUCAAAAUGAAGAUUCCAGAUAUUCAGUUAUUUGUGCAGGCAUUGUUGUACUUGACUAUAUUCUUCCUGGGUUUUACAGUGUCAGUGCCCUUGGGGCUUUUUCAGAUGGACUUCAAUGGCAAAUGUAUGUUAUACGCAGAAAUUGAUUGGAAGAAUGCCACAUUUUUUGUAAUCACAGAAGGAGAAAGUAUCAAUUGCCAUUUUACGAUCUAUUUUAAUGUAUUUGCCUGUAUUUUAUUUGCUCUGGGAAUGUUCGCAUACUAUGGGUACGCAGUUUUAAGAAGAGAUCCAGACAUAGGAUCUCAGAUGUGGGUGAUGCCAUUUGUAUUAAUCAGUGCAGUGAUGUGUGUGGUGGAAUUUAUAGCUGCAUGUAUUAUCAGUGUGGGGUAUAAGCAGCUCUGUAGUGGACUGGCCGAUAACUCAAAAAAACUCAGUUGUUCAAAAGUAGCAGAAUUAACCAAAUUUCAAAAUGAUUACAAUGGAAAACAUAUUAUACCCUAUCUCACAGCUGCUCAGACUGCAGGUUGGAUAUGUUUUCUGUGUUGGGCUGUCCAGUGGGUUCUAGGAAUUAUCAGGUUUGUGCGGAAUCGUAGAUCACGGUCUGGGGCUUUCAAUGAUUCUGUCAAUUCAAGCAAUGCUGACACAGCUAAAAUUGGUGACAUACAGCCAACAGCCUAAUUUAAGUUAUUAUAAAACCUAGUCA